AUCGAGAGAGGUCACUUUGACAAUUUAAUAAACUAAACACAUCGUACAAGUCUAAAUUGAAAGUGCUUCUAAAAACUAAACAAAAAAACAGGAUGUCAGAAGCGGACUACGAUCAAAUUGUCCUAUCAGAAGCAGGGGGUCUCAACAUUGAUAUACGCCGCAAUUUAUAUACGGAUGGAUAUCUUAUAGGAUUGAUUGCAGAAGAAGAUGCCUGCGUUGGAUUCUUACUCGCUGGUAUUGGACAAUGCCGGAAAAUCGGAGAUGAAAAUUUCUUCCCGGUAAAUGAAAAAACAAAUACCAAAGAUAUUCUAGACUUUUUCGAGAAGCUUCGUCACCGAAAAGAUAUUGCAAUCAUUCUUAUCGAAAGUCACAUUGCCCGCAAAAUCCAAGUCCACACCGUCGAUAUAAAAUCUACUUAUUAUAAAAAUUCGCUACCGAUAAUGCUAGAAAUCCCAUCAAAAGGAAUGCCAUUUAAGGUAGAGGAAGAUAAAUUCGUAGCCAGAGCAAUGGCGCUCGCUGGAGAUACAUCAUGAUCCAAUAUCAAUAAGUGGGCAAAACUUCUGCAUCCAAUUCAUACCUAAGAAAUAACGUCAGAUAUUACACUGGUUUCCAAUAAAUUUGACAUUUAACUAUAUUUAAUAAAAUGUAUUUUAACUGAAAAGUUUCCAA